UGAGACAGCACCAGUUCGAUUAUCACUGAGCCGCGACUCGAGUGAAACAGCAUCAUGUCUGGCAGAGGGAAAGGAGGCAAAGGAUUAGGGAAAGGCGGAGCAAAGCGGCACCGCAAAGUGCUUCGCGAUAACAUCCAGGGCAUCACCAAGCCAGCUAUCCGCCGCCUGGCUCGGCGUGGUGGGGUCAAGCGGAUCUCGGGUCUGAUCUACGAGGAGACCCGCGGUGUGCUGAAGGUUUUUCUGGAGAAUGUGAUCAGGGACGCGGUCACCUACACCGAGCACGCCAAGCGCAAGACGGUCACUGCCAUGGAUGUGGUGUACGCUCUGAAACGACAGGGCCGCACUCUCUACGGGUUCGGCGGCUAAAUAACUACCCCCUUUAUUCCAACACCAAACAAAGGCUCUUUUAAGAGCCACCCACAGCCUCACAGAGGGAGCAGUGACCACGAGAUCUGAUUAAU